AUGCCCCCACUCACCCUUGAAGAUGAUAUCUUCGAUGAUGCUUCGUCAGAAGACAUCUUAGCACAACCACUACAUACCCUCCAUGAACCCAGUAGCUCUAGAGGCAUUUCUAGUCUAACAAGCCCCGAAUCUGCACCAUCGCGGCCACAGACUUUAGGCAACACUGGAUGUUACGGCAGCUCAGCUGGAGCUUCUCGGAAAAGGAAGUGGUUUGAUCUCGAUGCUAGUGAGACACGUGAGAAAAGACCACCGACGUUGGAUGUUCGUGCGACAUCUCUCAACGAGUUCUCUUCGCUACCGCGUACCGGGCAACGGCUCGUUCCGAUCAUACGGUCAAAUUGGGCGUACCCGAAGUCCCAGUAUCAAGGAUGGCUCCCUCCGCUACCCAUCACUUCGGAGUCAUCAGCGAUCAAGGAUCUCAAGCAGGAAUAUACGCGCAAGCAGCUUGCCAGUCCGGGCGGUGCUGCUCACGCUGCGACAGAUGAUUACGUUAGCUUCGAGCUCUCGGCGUUCAGCAUGUACAGACCGUCCAAGCCAUCGAAUCGAGCCGUCUGGGACGAGUGUGAUUACGAGUAUAAGAUGGAGUGUCUCCAUCAACUGAACAACAAACGAGGCGUCAGCGAACUUCUGUUCGACGGUAUUCUCAGCGUUGGACAGGAGAAAAGAUAUGUUCAAGGAGUACCUUUCAAGACGUUAUCAAUCGAUGGGUACGGCGAUCAUAGCGCGCACACCGCCACUGGAAUCUGGAUACAAUCCAGCCUGGGACGGCAGAGCGCGAUCUGGUACCAGCUGAGAUACCCGGCUGAAGAGUACACUCGUUACCACAAACCCUUCUUGUGGGUGGCAAAUCUCAGCAAAUACUUUGUGGACUAUCUAGCCGAGCACGACGCUGUCUGUCUCCGCGACUUACGGAGACGGUUUUAUGAGCAGCUCGUUGCGAGACAUGGUAGCGAUGAGCACUUCGUCAUGUGGUUAGGGGAGUCAAAGAGUACGGACUUCCGGACUAGUGUCGCAGCUAAUGCUGGAUUCUUAUUCAACGAGAGCUGGAACAUCAACACCGAGUUAACGUGCCAUCCUAUCUGGGGCGAGAUCGGUCCAGUCGAGCUGAGCGCUAUUCCACAGCAACCGCAAGAGGAGGCUAAGACCAUAGUGACUCCCUACACUUAUGACUGCUUUAAGAAUAUGUACUUCUCGAAGUGGCUAGAAGCCCGCCAUCCUACAAACGAAGUGCUUAGCUUACAGCGCCGGCGACAGGAAGCUCUAGGAUUCAGGCCUCAUGGAAGUUCAUCACAUACGCCGUCAAAUCGCGUUCUCCCUCUUGUAAAUCGCGAGUUUCGCGUCGGCGACGUGGUGGGUGUUAAUCGGGACGAGGAGUCAGUUUGGAAGGACGGGCAAGACACAUGGUUUGCAUACGUGCAAGGGACACGUACAGAUACAAAAGGACGACAGCUACUGGAUGUCAUCUGGUUGUACAGGCCUGUUGACACAACCUUAUCCACCAUGACCUAUCCAGUAAAGAACGAGUUAUUUUUUUCUGACCACUGCAAUUGCGACAAACAUGAGUUCAGAGCAGCCGAUGUGGUGUGCAAGGUUAACGUCGAUUGGAGACCGUUCUCGAGAGGCUUGCACGCCCAGCAGGAUUCGCAACAUGACUUCAUCGUUCGGCAAGUUUAUCGCGUGGGAGAUAACUCCUUUUCAACACUCCGGACCACGGACUUCGAGUGCGACUGCAGAACGGCCGUUACGCAGUCAGAGCUGGAGCUGCUAAUGACGAAAUUCGAGGUCGGGGACUCCGUUCUAUUCUCCGCAAAGGGCCACGAUUACCUUGAGCCUGCCGUCAUCGAGUCCUUCCUCCAUGAGAAAGGGAGUGUUCUCAUGCGGCGCCUUCCACGACGAGAGCGCGAUCUGGGGCACAAGGAAGCACGCCCCAACGAGGUCGUCUGGACCAGUGGUUUCUUCAUGAUCUCAGCUAAGCAGGUUGUCAGGAAAUGCGCUGUUCGCUUCUAUACCGCGGAAGACCUGAAGACCGGUUGCAUACCAGUCCCUUACAACCGGGAUGGAACUGCGGACGCCUUCUAUAUCACCUGCGAACAGGUCACAGACGGCUACAAGGGUGUGCAAGACCCGUUUCCCUCACAGCUCAAUCAAGGGUACGAUCCCACUGCUCCGCCCGCCCAGCGCCCGUUGAGAGGGCUAGGACUCUUUUGUGGGGGCGGCAAUUUUGACCGAGGUCUCGAAGAAGGCGGUGCAGUAGAAUUCAUUGGGGCUGUUGAUCUGGCUGCGCAUGCUAUGCACACAUACCACGCGAACCUGAAGGAACCGGGCCGCGAGGUGGAGUUCUUCUCUGCAGGAAACCCAUGUGUAGCCUUCUCCCUCCUCCAGCCUAACAAGCAGAGCGAAGAGUCCCUUAAGAAUGCGUCCUUGGUUGCCUCAGUAGUGGCCUAUAUCGACCUCUAUAGACCGCAAUACGCGGUUCUAGAGAACGUUGUGGCGAUGACGCAUAAGAUAGGGGCCACAGAUCAGAACGUCUUCUCGCAGCUGCUCUGCGCCUUAGUCGGCAUGGGAUACCAGGUGAAGCAAUUCUGUAUGGAUGCUUGGUCGGCUGGAAGCGCGCAGAGCCGGUCUCGACUCUUCAUAUCCAUCGCAGCGCCUGAAUUGGAGCCCAUUCCUCAUCCUGCCUCAACUCAUGCCCAUCCUCCGAACACCAAAAACGCUAGCCUGGGCAAGGCCACCAACGGGCAGCGAUUUGGGGAAAGACGCUUCGAGCCAACGCCGUUUGAGUACGUCACUGCGAGAGAGGCGACCGAGGACCUUCCAUGGAUCGGUGAUUCGUCCGUUCAGAGCUGUAUCGAGUUUCCCGACCAUCGAACGUCACGAGUUGAACGGGCACUUCGCCGCACUCAAAUGUCUAUGAUUCCAGUGUUUCCCCCUAGCCAGAACUUUGUAAAAGCCAUUCAGCAAGGCUACAUGGGUCUACCACAGAGGCUGGCAUCCGCCAAGGAGAAAAACAAACUUCGAUCAGCCAAAACCAGCAACGCUUGGGGCCGCGUUCCUGCCGACGGCCUGAUGCCCACUAUCACGACAAUCUGCUCGCCUGCGGAUGCUUUCCACGGCAACGUCUUACACUGGGACCAGCCGAGGUGUCUGACCGUUAUGGACGCUCGGCGCGCUCAAGGCUUUCCGGACGAAGAAGUCAUUGUUGGCCUUCCAGCGAAUCAAUGGAAGAUUAUCGGCAAUAGCGUUGCACGUCCAGUAGCCCUUGCUCUUGGUAUGGCUUUGAGAGACUCAUGGCUGGCGAAUCCGCCCGAACCAGAGCCUCCAGCUGCAGGAAUCGUCCAGCGUGCUGGUGUAAACGCGGAUACGGAUGCCAACGUUACGGGGAUAGCCACAACGUCGUCAUACAAGCAGCCUCACCACGCAAUUGAGGACCAAGACUACCUACAUCUCAGCGCAACGAGUGAGGCCCGGGCUUCUGUGCGUUCUGUGAAAGAGAAUCUUAACGUCAACGGGUCUUUAAGGAUUCGGCGAAGUUCAGUUGUUCACAGAACUAGAACUACAGAGCGGACUGUCGAUACUACUGAGAUGACGCUAAAAGCAACCAUCUUAAAGAGCACUCGAACCGCACUGGACAACAAGGCGCACGAGCCCGCAGAGACUGUGAUCCACCCCUCAAGGCAUGAGAGUCCGUUGUCGGUCGUUAAGAAGAGCGCUCGUAGUGCUGGGCUGGAGCCGGAGUUUACGCCCACUGAGUGGCAUACUAUACCUGGCAGGAGCCCGUCCUACAAGCGCGGAGGCCGACACACCAAGGACGAUGGUACCUGA